AUGAAGAACUCCUCAGAAGCGGACAUUCUGGCUGUGGUGGAAUCUGCCAAGAGAGCUGCCAACAAUUUGCUCCGUACUGGCCGUGUCUGGGAGUACUCUCUCAUCACCAGGAUCGUGCAGAGCCCUGACCCUGUUGACAGGAUGAUCGAGGAGCUGCAGAGCAGAGGGAAUGCUGUGGUUGGCAUCCCAACUGAAGACCCGGCUCCUGUUGCUCCUGCUGUUCCAGCUGUUCCGGCUGUAGCCCAACUGCCAGUUGAGGCUCCGUCUGAGUCCAGCUCAGAAAGCUCUGGGGAACUCUAUCAGUGCCCUGAUCCCACCACGCAGGGAACUUCCCUUAGGGAAAAGAUGUCAAGUUUGGGCCUCUACAAGAAGCACUCGCUUGACCAUAUUCUCCUUGCCAAAUUCGCCAAGUUUCUACAGAGCGACUUGUCGAACGAAAACUUCAAACAGGAGGUGGAGAAUGUUGCCAGGUUCCUGUACUACAUGGACCCCCAGGAGGCCAGUCUCCAGUUUGUCCGUCAGCAUGAGAAGACCCGAGAGUAUUUCCUCAAGCUCUCAGAGGCCGGACUCUGCAAGCAGACGGUGCAGAAUUACAUCAAGAGCGUUAAAAGGUUCUUGAAUUUCCACGCGGGCAGCACUGACCUGUGCUUCACGGACAGGGAGUUGCACCAGGACUGCACCAACUACCUGCGGUUCCUGGGGAACAUCCAGAAGUCGUCGUCAAAACAAGUCAGCAAGGAGACGACCAGGAAGAGAUUCGACACCUUCCAGGAGGGUGUUCUCUCUACGGCGGAGAUCACUGCCGUGCUGGCCGCUGCAAAGAAAGACUUCCUGGCAGUCAUUGGGAAGCUGCAUGAGGGAGGCCAUCAGUUGACCCUGACAGAGAUGCAGCUGGUCCUCUAUUACCUAGAGGCCAUUGUGAUUCUGGAGCAGGGCCAGCGACCUGGAGUUGUCGAGCACAUGACUGUCACAGAAUGGAUCAGCCGAAGGAGAGAUGACAUUCGUCCUGCUUUUGUUGCGGUAGCAGUAAAGGAGCACAAGACUGCUGCCACUCAGGUGGCCACCUUUGUUCUGAGCCAGGAACAGGAGAUGGUAAGAUGUUUAGUCUUUGUUUAGUCGUGUUAUACAUGGCAUUAGGUUUU